UGAUGGUGCGCCGGCGCAUACAAGCCUUUCAGUAGGUGGACCAAGCUUGCGCGCGCAAGCCGCGUUAGUGUGUGAUUUUGUAAUUGUGUGUGUUAUGUUACGUCUAUGAAAAUAAGGACUUUUAGAUCAUAUGAAAUUCAACCAAUAUGGCGAAAAUCGUGAACUCGACGCAGAGUGUCCUGAAAGGCACGUACGACUACUAUUUAUGGACCUUAUCACUCUCAGAUAAAAGGACUGAAGGAUGGCCGCUCGUGGACUCCCCCAUACCCACAGUCAUCUACACACUAAUAUACCUAUUCAUCGUCUGGAUCGGGCCCAAGGUCAUGAAAAACAGACGUCCCUUCAAGCUUACUUGGCUUCUAGUCCCUUAUAACUUGGCGAUGGCCGCAUUAAAUGGCUAUAUAGCUGUCAGACUACUAACAGCGUCGUUCAGGCUGAGAUAUAGCUAUAUAUGUGAGCCUUGCCGGCAAAAGUACGAUCCUGAUGAAUUGCAAAUAGCAAACGCGGUAUGGUGGUACUACUUCUCGAAGCUUCUAGAGUUCUGCGACACAUUCUUCUUCAUCCUAAGAAAGAAGGACGAACAGCUGACCUUCCUCCAUGUCUACCACCAUUCCACGAUGUUCGGUUUCUGGUGGAUUGGAAUCAAAUGGGUGCCUAGUGGAUCUACCUUCCUUCCUGCGAUGGUCAAUAGUGCCAUCCACGUACUGAUGUAUACGUACUACGGCCUCUCGGUCUUCGGUCCUUUAGUCACCAAAUACCUGUGGUGGAAGAAAUACCUUACCAUCUUGCAAUUGAUCCAGUUCACGUGUGCCCUAGUCCUCGGCAUCAACGGCAUCAGGACUGGCUGCGAGUUUCCUCUCUGGAUGCACUACAUGCUCAUCAUUUACAUGAUCUCCUUCAUAGUACUCUUUGGCAACUUCUAUAUGAAUGCAUACCUUGCGAAGGGAAGCAAAUGCAUGGAAGUAAGAUAUGGCCAAUGUUUGGACGACGAGGAGACGAUCCAAAGAAGAAAACUGAAAGACAAUUGAUACAACUCUUCAUAAAAGCUUCGACACAUAAAAUGCGCGACAGCAGCGCGGCGCGACGGCAACGUGUCCAACGAGGCUCCUAGAAGUUGUAGGAAGUUUUGUAUUUAGUAAAACGUAUAACGCACGCUAAUGCUAAUCUGUAACUGCUUUAAAGAAACUAUAAGGGCCGGCGCACAUAUGGCGGAGCGCAGCGCAGAGCAUGCCCGCGGUUUUCUAAUCGCGUGAAUUUGUACCAGAUAAUGCGCGAGCACGCGCGGGACUGCGCGCGGAUGC